AUGUCAGUGGAGUGUUCAACAUUGUCCAAUUUGAAAGAAUCAUCAUUGUACACAAAAAUAAGCCAAUAUCUAUUUUACUUCAUCUGGAUGUUAGUCGACACAUUGUUUUUUGUUUUGGGGACGGUGUGCAUGGUUUUAGUCGUGAGCAGUUCGGAGGCAGUUACCGAUUGGUUCGCUGAACAUCCUAACACGCCACUUAUUUUAAUAGCUUUUGGAAUACUGGCAACUUUAAUUCUCGUAUUACUCAGGGGAUUCAAAUAUGAAAAUGUGGUUGACCAUCUUCUGAUCCUAAUAGGUUAUCUACUGAUCUCAUUUAGCUUCGCUGGCACACUACUGUAUAUCCAAUUGUUUUGCUCUCUCAUAUCUAUUCUUGUAACAGUAACAGUCAGUGGAAUUGUGACAUUUUUGGGUCUUGCAUUCAGAGCUGUUAAGAUGAAGUACACUGUGAUUAUCUUCAUUGUUGGGUGUGUUUUCGCUGUGAUUACAGUUCUCAUGAUCAUUUUUCGACAAUUUGUCCCAAAAGACGGGAGAGUAAGUUUUCAAGACUGA